AUGACGAGUUUCGUUGAAGGAAACAGUUCUCCUACUUAUAAUUUUAAAGUAGUUUUACUUGGGGAAGGUUGCGUUGGAAAAACAUCUGUUGUUUUGCGUUAUGUUGAAGAUAAAUUUAAUUCUGAUCACAUAACGACACUACAGGCAUCCUUUGUUAAAAAAAAAAUAAAUAUAGCUGGAAAAGCAGUUAAUUUAGCCAUUUGGGAUACAGCUGGCCAAGAAAAAUUUCAUGCAUUAGGACCAAUUUAUUAUAGAAUGUCAAAUGGUGCUAUAUUGGUGUAUGAUAUCACAGAUGAAGAUUCAUUUAACAAAGUUAAAAAUUGGGUUAAAGAAUUAAAAAAAAUGUUAGGGGGUGAUAUAUGUUUAACAAUUGCUGGAAAUAAAAUCGAUUUGGAAAAAGAUAGAAAUGUUCCUAUUGAUGUUGCCGAAGAAUAUUCAUCAUCUGUUGGAGCGAAACAUUUUCAAACAUCUGCAAAACAUAAUCUAAAUAUAGAUGAAUUAUUUUUAGAAUUGACCCAAAGAAUGAUAUCUAGAUAUGAUCAAUUAGAAGCUAUAAAAUCAUCUAAAGGAGGAACAAUGAAAAAAAAUAUCGUAGUCGUUGAUGAUGAUCAAAUUGAAAACGAUCAAAAAAAACAGGGAUGCUGCGGAACUUCAUAG